UCUCAUCUCUCACGAAGAAACUUCGAAGAAUUUAAGGCAGCAACAGCCUCAUAAGAAUGAAAAGUGCUUAUCUCCAAGACUUCUGCGUAGCCAUCAAUGACACCAAGACUGGUGUGUUUGUAAAUGGGAAGUUCUGCAAGGACCCAAAGCUUGUUGUAGCAAACGACUUCUUCCAUUCAGGGUUUGACAAACCAAGAAACACAUGCAAUGCGGUUGGCUCAGCUGUCACUCAGUCAUUUGUUGAACAACUUCUAGGGCUUAACACUCUUGGUGUAUCCCUAGCACGUAUUGACUUUGCACCUAAUGGUGGUCUUAAUCCUCCCCACACUCAUCCUCGUGGUCGUGGAACUGAGACUCUAGUAGUCAAAGAAGGCACACUAUUUGUUGGCUUUGUCUCAUCUAAUCAAGAUGGGGAAACUCCUGCUGUUGCCUUUUCUGGUUUAAGUAGCCAAAAUCCAGGCACAAUCACAAUUGCAAAUUCUGUUUUCGGAUCAAAUCCACCCAUUGAUCCUAAUGUUCUUACUAAGGCCUUCAUGCUGGACAAGAAUGUCGUUAAGUAUCUCCAGUCUCACUUCUGAAGGAAAAAAAUAACAGUUAGGGAAGACUUAAACUAGUCAUGUUUCAAUACUUGCUUGUCUGGAUUGUGUUUGAGUGCUAUCCCUCAAUUUGAUUAUUGAUUCCACAUGAUACCUCAUUUACCACUUAAUAAGAGGUUGUAAUAAGAGGUUGCUUAUAGCUCAAUUUAUAUAAUAAAGAAGUUUGCUUAUAGCUCAAUUUAUAUAAUAAAGAAGUUUGCUUAUU